AAGUCUAUAUUUUUUCACUUCUAUAGGGCGACACGGAUUUCGGUGACAGCAAUGACGGCAUGGACUCUGAUACAAGCACGUCUUCCAGUAAUAGUAAACAGGUUGUUGUGGGAAUCUGUGCAAUGGCCAAGAAAACACAAUCGAAGCCAAUGAAGGAAAUCUUGACACGACUCGGCGAGUUUGAGUUCAUCAAGCUUGUUACCUUUGAGGAAAAUGUGAUAUUGAGAGAGCCUGUGCAAAAUUGGCCCAUAUGCGAUUGUCUUGUGUCUUUUCAUUCCAAGGGCUUUCCACUGGAGAAGGCUAUCGAGUAUGCCCAGCUACGCAAUCCCUUUGUGCUCAACAAUUUGCAUAUGCAAUACGAUAUACAGGACAGACGACGGGUUUAUGCCAUACUGGAGAAAGAGGGCAUUGAGAUACCGCGUUAUGCUGUGCUCGAUCGAGAUUCUCCUGAUCCGAAACAUCAUGAACUUAUUGAGUCCGAAGAUCAUGUGGAGGUCAAUGGCAUUACAUUCAAUAAACCAUUCGUUGAAAAGCCCGUUUCGGCCGAAGAUCACAACAUUUAUAUCUACUAUCCAACAUCUGCUGGCGGCGGAAGUCAGCGUCUAUUUCGCAAAAUCGGUAGCCGUAGCAGCGUUUACUCGCCGGAAUCGCGUGUCCGUAAAACUGGAUCGUUCAUCUACGAGGAUUUCAUGCCUACCGAUGGUAUGCUAACUUGUUCUCUGUGUUUUUAAUUUUCUCCUUCUAAA